AUGACGGCUCCAUGUUCUAGCAAUGUUUUCAAUCUGUUCUGUGCUGAUAGAAGCUGGAUGUACUAAGAAUUUCAACUGCAGUUCUACAGGAAACUCAGGACUGGAGGGACGUCAGCACUCAAGGGGUGUCAGAUCUUUUUUUCACUCAGUUUUUUUUUUUGACAGUCAUUUUUACUUCUGCUUGAGUCAAGAUUUCACUGAAGUGAACAGUUUGACUCCAGUAUGAGUUUGAAGCUCGUCUGUCCAAUGCCAUCCAUCUCAAAGCCAUCAUUAGUGAAUGAAAUGGAAGUCAUGGUGUGGCUGUGUUUCUCUCUUCUGCUCUGUUUUCUUGGUAAAUGCCAUGGGCAAACUCAGUUCAUUUAUACAGAAAAAGAUGAAGUAGAGUUGAGAUGUAAAACGAACAAAUGGCAAAUAAGUACAGAGUCUGACAACCGGAUUGACCUGAACUGCUCAGUAAAAUGUGACCAUAAUAAAAUUGUUGACCUUGAGUGCGAUGAUGAUGAUGAUGAUGAUAAUGAUGACUCACAGCCAAAGCGUGUUUGUAAACUGAAAGUAAAGAGUGGAUUUGUUGCCUGUGUUAAAUCUCUGGAGCCUGGAUUCUUAUAUCCAUUCAAACCGUCUCCCAACAUCAUCCAUUCAUACAUAGUUGCUGUUCCAAAUAAAGACAUAACAUCUACACCUGAGAAAACAUCUUCACUGAAAGUAACUGAAGGUGAAUCAGUGAGUUUAAACUGUAGUUUCACCUUCAAACAAGAAUAUAAUGGGGUGCCAUUUGUUGUUUACUGGAUUAAGACUGUUGGACAGAGCAGCACCUGUGUGUAUUCUUAUGAUUAUUCCCUGUAUGAGCCGGUCGUGCUCGGUCACCACUGCAACGUGCAAGAAGAACUGCUUAACAGACUCUCAAACCAAACCAAAGAACGGAACAGUCACAACAUCAGGAUCAGUGAAGUGAUGGAGUCAGACAGCGGUCAGUACCUCUGUGCUGUACAAGUGCACCCAAAUAAUAAAAACACUGCUAAAGGAAACUGGACAGUGAUACAAAGAGUUACAGUCAGUGUUCACAAAGACAAAAGACCACAGCCAACCAUGACCACUGUGACUCAGACAACAACUGAGGAGACAACAAAGAGAACAACAAAGAAAACAACUCAGAAAACAACAAAGACAACAAAGAAAACAACUGAGGAAAACAUUGAUGAUGAUCGUCUUAAGGCUAUGUAUAUUGCAGUUCCCAUAAUCCUGUGUCUUCUGCUGAUUGUCGUUGUUGUGUUUAUAAGAAAGAAGUGCAUCACUUCACAAGGAUCUCAGACUGUACAACAAAGAGAAGAAGCUCCUAACCUGGACUGUUCUCCAUAUGCUGUUGGAAAUGGUGAGGAGGGGACUUUCUUUGGAUCUAAGACGGCUGAUCCAGGCCGUGAAGAAUCCACACCAUCUAUUGACCCUUAUUCAGUCGUUAGACUGAACAGCUUAUAUGAAUCUGGGGCUUCAGAUCACAACAGACAUAUUUAAUACAAAGCUGCUGAUCUGUGUGUGUUAAAGGCGCCUCAGUGCAGCAGCUCACAUGCUGAAACACUGUAGAGAAGGAUGCACAGUACUGAAGUGGUCAAGCUUGUACAGAAGUGUGUUCUCUGUAGAGGGUGUGUUCACUUAUUCUCACUUAAAAAUUAACACAACAUGUCAUUUGACCAGGGGCACAAAACUCUUGCAUACAACUUAUAUGUGUAUCACUAUAUGCAUUUUUAAAAUCUUUUUCGCUUUAAAGGAGACUUUUUUUUUUUCAAAUUUAACACAGUAUUUACAAAUUUAAUCAUUCUUUGUGCUCUUUAAUGUCUAAAUCAAAUGACACAUUAAUUUAGACUUUAUCAUGUUAAAGUUUGUAACAGACAUUUAAGUAACCAGAAGACUGGUUGGUCAUGUUUGUCACAUUUCACAUGGGCAAGACUUCACUUUUCACAGUUUUCAAAUGCUACAUACAAUGGCAAGUAAAAUAUAUGGGAACUGGCAAAAAAACAGUUUUGUUUACUAGUUCUUGUGUUAAGCACAGGGUCAGCAGA